AUGGCAAAGGUAGAGCUUGACUGCAAAACAUUUAAGGAGAGAAUGGAAAAUAUUAUUCAAGUGAUUCCAGAGGAAGUGGAUGCCCUGAUGAUAACAUUCGGGGAGAGGGAUACCACAUUCUCGUAUGGGAUCAAUUCUGCAAUGUUUUUCUAUCUCUUAGGGUAUGAAUUUCCGCUUACCACGCUAAUUAUCAGAAGAACAGAAGUGCUUGCAAUUUCCAGCACAAAAAAGUGCUUAAUACUAGAUAACCUGAAAGAAACCGUCAAUAUUAGAACAUUUAGCAGGCUAAAGGACAUAUCAAACCAGGGGGAGAUUAUUAAAAGCAUAAAAGAGAUAUGCAGCGACAAAGUGCUCGGGAUUCUCAAUGAAGAUAGAGGUCCUUCGGUGGUUGAGUGGGAGAACAACUUUAACACACUUGACAUAACAAAGAGCAUUGAGGGCGCGCUUGUGAAAAAGGACAGGAAGCAGCAGGAUCUUUUGAGGCUGGCAGGUAUGUCUGCAACACAGAUGUCUUUGCUGCUGGAGGGAAAGAUUAAGCAUAUUCUGAAGACAGAUGACAGAGUGAUACAUGAGGAGCUAAGCGAGCAAAUAGAGGCGGCGCUUGAGGUGGAGAUGAAAAGGCUUCCUAGUGAGCUUGACCAGUCCUAUAUUGAGCUAUGCUUUAAGCCGAUUAUUCAGAGCGGAGGGCGGUAUUUAAAGACAAAAACGGAAAAGGGAGAGUUUAUUAACCCAUACAAUGAACAGCUGCUGUAUUUUGAUAUUAUUAGCUACUAUCUGUGGGUUGCAUACAAGGGCAACUGCUCGCACAUUGGAAGAACUCUUUUAAUUGCUCCGAACAAGAAGAGCAAGGAUGUUUUGGCAUACACUCUGCGGUUUAUGAAGUAUGUGAUAAAAAACAUUGCGCAGGGGAAAACACCCGAGCAGAUCAAGGAGGAAACAAUGAAAAGAUUUAACGAGGUGGUUGACCCAAGAUACCAAACAGAGCUAAGGCACAAAAUGAAAAUAGAAAUCGGGCCAUACAUUGGAAUCCGCCCAGAAGAAGGCGUCGCUCCAGAGCUGCUGGGCACAGCGCCCAUUCAGGCGAACUCUGUAUUCUCUGUAUCGGUUGGGUUCUAUGAUUUGAUAAAGAUGAUUGACGAGGACGAUAGAGCAGGAACCAUCCAUAUGGACAAUGUUGUGAUGAUGGAGCAGAGCGCACCAAAGCUUCUUACGCCUUUCAGCAUGGAUGUGAUGGACUACAUCUUUGAAAAGCCCGUAGAGCUGACAAAGAGAACGCUUUCUGGAAGAAGGCUCCGAAACAAAGACAAGGAGGUAGAGCGCGCCAACGAGAUAAAUGAGCACCAGAAGCAACUGAUGGACGAGCUGAUUGAAGAGCAGCUGCAGUUUUACAAAAUGCACGAUGAGCCAGAGGAGGAGGAAGUUGAGGAGCCUGCAGAAAAGAUAGUCUCAUACGAAAAAGAGACGUUAAUUCCAAGAGGCUCGUCUGUUAUAAAGAUAGACCAGCGAGCGUCCAGUGUGAUUAUACCUGUAUUCGGGGCAGCGGUACCUUUCCAUAUUAACACGAUAAAGACCGUCACAAAAACCAUUGAGGACGGUCUAGGGUAUUUGAAAAUAUCUUUCUACCAGCCGUCGGGAGAUCUUUCUCUUAGUGUGAAUAACCUUCUAUCUCUUGUUAUAAAGGACACACAGGAAAACGUAAUGACAGCGUGGCGCGAUAUAAACAACCUCAAGAAGGACGAAGAGUCUGAAGAGGAGGUUGAAGAAGGAGAGCAGGAAGACUUGCAGGAAAUUAUGGGCCGGGUGGAAACCCUGCAGAAUGUUUUCAUGCGGUGCGACCACCGGAUGGGAACAAAAAAGAACGUGGCAAACACGGUUGAGCUGCACAAAAACGGGCUAAGGUAUCACUCUAAGCAGGCAGGGAAUGUAGACAUUCUGUUCACAAAGAUAAAACAUAUGUUUUUGCAGCCCGGCGCAGCGGAGUCCCCGAGUCUUCUCCAUUUCAGGCUGCACACGCCAAUAACCAUUGCAGACAAAAAAACAACAGAUGUGCAGUUCUUCCGGGACUGUGUUGCUAAUGCAGUGCAUGACACGCGAAAGACAGGAAGCAGAGCAGGCGGCGAGGAAGCAGAGAUCUAUGAAGAGGAAGAGGAGGAGAGAAUCCGCGAAGAGAUAAACGAUGCCUUCUAUGACUUUGCCGUAUGUGUUUCUGAAAAGUCGCGGGUUAUUCUGGAGGAGCCAGUCUCUAAGGGAUUCUUUGGAGUUCCCCACAGACAAAGCGUUUUUAUCCAGCCUACGUCUGAGUGUCUGAUCAACCUAACUGAGUUUCCGUUCUUUGUUCUUCCUUUUAAGGAUAUAGAAAUCCUGAACUUUGAGAGAAGAGUAUCUGGAGUCACCACUUCUGAUCUGGUUUUUGUGCUGAAGGACAAGACUAAAACACCAGUUCAUGUACACGGAGUCUCUGCUAUGUCUGUUCCUUGGCUGAUGGACUUCUUCGACUCAAAGAACAUAUGUUUCACAGAGACCAAGGUGAACAUACAGUGGAAUAACGUUCUAAAGAGCAUUCUUAAUGAUCCUGUUGCAUUCUAUGAAGGAGGCGCCUGGGCAAUUCUGCAGCCAAGCAGAGAGACCGGAAAUGAGGAGGAGCAAGAAGAGACAGGCGAUGAUGUGGUUGAUCUAAACACCACAGAAGAAUCUGAUGACGAUGACGACGAAGACUUCCUUACAGACGAAGACUUGGCCCCAUCUGAGGAUGAGAGCGAGGAAGAAAGCGAGUCAUAUGCAGAUGAAAGUGAUUCUAAUGAAAAUAGCUUUGUUGUGUCAGAUGAGAAGGAUGAGUCUGAAGAAAUUCCAAAGAAAAAGAAACAGAAAAGAUAA